GCCCCUGCCAGCAGCCUGCAAUCGCUGGAGCUCCUCCGCCUCUCCCUCCUCCUCCUUCUCCUCCUCCUCCUUCUCCUCGCUGCCCACCGGCCUGCGGCACCCCGGCCUCCGGCCCCACCAGCGCACAGACAAUGACUUCAUGCGGAUUAUGCAUCUGAAGAAAUCACCAGCUCCCAGAUAGCCACAGGGGGAGGUAUCCAUGUGUUUGGCAGAGAAGCAGCCUCUUGCUCGCCUUCCUUCUCCUCCUCUUUCCUCCUCACACCCGGCAGCUGCCUCCUCUCCGGCGAUGGUCGCCUCCGGUCCCCCCGCCCGGCGCUGAGCGAGGCCCCGGCGCAUCCCCGCUCCCACGCUUGCACCAAGGUACCACCGAGGCUAUUUUUAUUCCCCUCCUUCUUUUCCGGUUCGCCCGGCGCUGCCGGGCUCGGUCCCUGCUCGUCUCCCGCUCCCGUCUUCCCAACCCAGCGGCAAGAGGUGGAGGGAGGCUCGUCCCAGCCCCGGCACCCACAACGCAGCGGCAGCCACCGUCGCACAGCAGAAGGAGCCCAGCGCUGGCCGCGGCCGCCGGCCCCGCUUCCAGCAGAGUGGCCACCCCGGGGUGCCAGCGCAGACCAUGAUGGACCUGAAGGUGGACGAGGAGGAGGUGGACAGCGGGCAGCCGGUGAGCAUCCAGGCCUUCGCCAGCAGCUCCACCCUGCACGGGCUCUCGCACAUCUUCUCAUACGAGCGGCUGUCGCUGAAGCGCGUGGUCUGGGCGCUGUGUUUCCUGGGCUCGCUGGCACUGCUCACCCUCGUCUGCACCAACCGCAUCCAGUACUACUUCCUCUACCCCCACGUCACCAAGCUGGACGAGGUGGCGGCCACCAGGCUCACCUUCCCCGCCGUCACCUUCUGCAACCUCAACGAGUUCCGCUUCAGCCGGGUGACCAAGAAUGACCUGUACCACGCCGGCGAGCUCCUCGCCCUGCUCAAUAACAGAUACGAGAUCCCAGACACCCAGAGCGCCGACGAGAAGCAGCUGGAAAUCCUGCAGGACAAGGCAAACUUCCGAAACUUCAAGCCCAAACCUUUCAACAUGCUGGAGUUUUAUGACCGGGCCGGUCACGACAUCCGCGAGAUGCUGCUGUCCUGCUUCUUCCGUGGGGAGCAAUGCAGCCCUGAAGACUUCAAAGUGGUCUUCACCCGCUAUGGGAAGUGCUACACCUUCAACGCAGGGCAGGACGGGAAGCCCCGGCUCAUCACCAUGAAGGGGGGCACCGGCAACGGCCUGGAGAUCAUGCUGGACAUUCAGCAGGACGAGUACCUGCCAGUGUGGGGGGAGACAGAUGAGACCUCCUUCGAAGCCGGGAUCAAGGUGCAGAUCCACAGCCAGGAUGAGCCCCCACUGAUCGACCAGCUGGGCUUUGGGGUGGCUCCUGGCUUCCAGACCUUCGUGUCCUGCCAGGAGCAGCGGCUCAUCUACCUGCCACCUCCCUGGGGCGACUGCAAGGCCGUGGCGGGCGACUCGGAGUUUUAUGACACCUACAGCAUCACCGCCUGCCGCAUCGACUGCGAGACCCGUUACCUGGUGGAGAACUGCAACUGCCGCAUGGUGCACAUGCCAGGCGAUGCCCCUUACUGCACCCCGGAGCAGUACAAGGAGUGCGCGGAUCCGGCCUUAGAUUUCCUGGUGGAGAAGGACAAUGAGUACUGCGUCUGUGAGAUGCCCUGCAACGUGACCCGCUAUGGCAAAGAGCUCUCCAUGGUGAAGAUCCCCAGUAAAGCCUCUGCCAAGUACCUGGCCAAGAAGUACAACAAGUCGGAGCAGUACAUCGGGGAGAACAUCCUGGUGCUGGAUAUCUUCUUUGAAGCCCUGAACUAUGAGACAAUCGAGCAGAAGAAGGCAUACGAGGUGGCUGGUUUGCUGGGUGACAUUGGAGGGCAGAUGGGGCUGUUCAUUGGGGCCAGUAUCCUCACAGUACUGGAGCUGUUCGAUUACGCCUACGAGGUGAUAAAGCAUCGGCUGUGCCGGCGGGGCAAGUGCCGCAAGAACCACAAGAGAAACAACACGGACAAGGGCGUCGCGCUGAGCAUGGACGACGUGAAACGCCACAAUCCCUGUGAAAGCAUACGGGGCCACCCAGCAGGCAUGACGUAUGCAGCCAACAUCCUACCUCAUCACCCGGCCCGGGGCACUUUUGAGGACUUCACCUGCUAACCGACGUCUGGAUGUACAACCUGAGCUACCAAAGCCCUCCGGAGAGCUGCCCUUCUCCCUGCGAGCGCCAGCAGAGAGACACAUCUAAGGGGACCUUGCUCCUCGACACGGUGGGACACGGACAAGAGCGACGGCCUCGGAUUUGGGGGCAGGCAGCCGGGUCGGGUCACGCAGCCCCUGUGGCAGCUGCUCCGUGCCUGCCCCGCUAGUUCAGAGACUCGAGGACGCUCCAGCCCGGCCACCCUCGCGGUGCGGGGAGCGACACGCACAGCGGGCUGGGGCACGGGCCUGUCCCGUCCCCUCCCCUCGGCUCCCCUCGGCCUUUUUAACUAGAAACCCAGAAGCCAAGAAGAAGCAGCCGUUUGGCCGCAGUCUCCAUCCACAGCCCUGUCUGUCCGUCCGUCCGUCCAUCGUCUCCAUGCUCAUCCUGCUCCAAUGCCUUGGCUGGUGCUUGCUGGGACCACUGUGCCUGGCAGGGGGGAUCAUGCAGGAGCCCCAUGGGGCACCCAGCAGACGUGGCAGUGGGUUCAGCAGUACCAGGAGAGCCUCGCUGUCCCCUGGGACUGUGGUGGCCUGCAGCCAGCCCUUGCCUGGGCACUCCCAGCCGCUCCAUGCACAUGAAGAUGGGGCAUCUCCACCUCUCCGAAACGUCUUCCUCGGCACCCUGCCCCAGCGACAGCGGUGCCCAGCCACUCAGCUUGCUGGCCGGCCACAAGCACCACAGGGGACACGGCCAUGGGGUGCCACCUUAGCACUGAAGACCCCGCUGCCCAGGCACUCUCCUUCAGCCGCGUCGGGUGAUGGUGUGGUCUCCCUGCCUGUCUCCCCCGGGUCCCACACAGCCUGGCCAGCACCAGCCCUCUCCCACAGUCCCUCCUUUCCCCAGGGAACCUGGGGCUACCCCGUGCGACCCCCAAAACAGCCAUCCUUGGGGGAGAAAGGCAGAAGGAAAACUCCUGAACCCCAUUUCAGCUGCAGCCACUGGCCCAGCUCAGCCAGGGGUGCCACAAAGGAUGCCCCUUUGGCACUGCUUUAGCCAGGCGUUGGAGCCCCAACACCAAAGGGGUUCACACUUUGAGGGACACCCCACGGCACGGGGUGCUCUGGUCCAUGGGACCGCAGGCUCCCACCCCACUGAACCCCCCACCAGCAGCUGCCCCCGGGCACCGCCAGCCCUGGGCAUCAUCGGGGCAUCCCAGAGCUCGCUGCCCCGGGGCUGCCGCUGCUCCUCCCGCCGCUGCCCUCGCCCCAGCAUGCAGGGACCUGCCCUGGCAGCCGGGCUCCGGCUCUGGCCAAGUCUCUGCUCCCCACGUCCACAAGUUCAUCACCAUCUCACUCUCGGGCCAGUGGAAAUUGGCCUCCCCCAGCCCCUGCCAGCCCCCAGGCCCCACACACCAAGCAAGAGCCCUCCCAGGGCUGAAGUGCUACUUAUCUUUAAGAGCUUUUGCAAUAAGUCUUUUUAGUAAGUAUUAUCUCCAACCUGCAGUUUUGGGUUUAUUAUUGUUGUCAUUAUUAAUAUUAUUAUUAUUAUUUGCUUCCUGACCAAAAUUAGGAACUGGGGGUCAGUCCUUUGUAUCCAGCGAUCGCCCAAAGAUGACGGGUUGGCCACAUCCAUAAAUUUUCUUAUGGAUUUUUCCUAAUGUUUCAUUGCAUUUCAUUUAUUUAUUUUCUUUCUUUCUUUCUCUUUCCCAUUAAAGCUUUUAAAGAUGGGGCUGGGAUUUGACCUUGACGCUCACUUGUUGAAGCAUACAGGUUUUUUGUUUGUUUCUAUUCUAUCAUCUGCAUUUUAUAUUUCUUAUAUAGAAUAUAUAUGACUAUAUAUAUAUGUGUACAUAUAUAUAUAUCUCUCUAUAUAUGCAUCAUACCAGUGUAGAUAUCCAUCUAGUAGCAUUUAGGCCUUGUUCUUGUGCCAUUUCCUUUUCUGUUACUGAUCUCUGAAUGCCUUCAAGUGUAUAAAGUGUUGAAUUCUCUCUGGUAUCUGUACUAUGUACACACAUUUUCAUAGGAAGCACAAUAAGAUGACAGAUGCAUUGUACAUCAAUACCUGCUACUCUUAACGAUGAUAUAAAGAAUGAUAUAACUCAUGAA